AUGAGUGAUCGAAUAUAUCAUUCUUAUGUGAAUAACUUCUAUCAAAAGGCUAAGAGUCCUAAAAAUACCUAACUCAUUAAAUAAAUUUAGAGGAGCAAUCCUACUUCACCUAAAAAAAACUUACAAAUAUAUAAAAAUAUUAAUCCAUUCAAUCAUGAAAAUUGCCAAAGGAUAAUUGAAGAGAAUGCAAUUCGCUUUUCGGAUAAAAAAACUGUCUAGCUUGGAACGGUGUAUGGAUGCAACAUUCUUCUUACAACAAAAAAUAGCUAGCCAAAAGUGUUUGAAAAGUUAAUAUAAUUAAGUGAUAAUAGUAACUUUAGAUAAGUCACUUUGCUAAAAAGUAUUAGCCCAGUUAGUGUGGUUAAAGCAAAAGAUUUUCUAAAUGAUUCUAUUAGCAAUAGAUCAAGGUCUGCCUAAAAAAUGUAUUCAGAUAAAGAUAAAUUUUAAGUAGGAAAUAAUAAAAGUUCUCUGAGAUCUCUUAUUUAUUUUCCACUAGCAAAUAUCAAAGAUUAGAUUUCUGAAGAGAGCAAAAGCAAAAGAAAUAAAAUAAAGGUUAUAAAAGAUAUGCCAAUUUAGCUGGAUAACUCUUUUUAAACAAUUAAUCAUUAAAUAAACUCACCUAACAAUAAUAUAGUUGGCGAUUAAUCACAUGUUAUUUUGCAUAAUAUUUUUAAAAAGAGACAACAAGCUGAAGAAGGUUUACAAAUAUAAGAAGAGCCUUAAAAUUAUAUUAAAAACAAAUUAGAAUUAUAAGAGAGAAAAAUGUAUUUGGAAAAUUAAAAUCCUAAAUCUCUCAGUCCAAUCAAGAUACAUUUCAAUGAAAAAUCUAUGCCUUUUAAAAAUAAAAUUCAAAAAAAAAUUACGUAUAAUGAGUAAAGCAGUAUUUAAUAAACAAUAACACUAAUUAAAAAGAAAAUACUUGGUCCACCUUCAUUAUAUAGCAGACUGAAAAAAAACUCUGAAUAAUUCAAGAAUAUUGAAAAUUUGAUUAAAAAUAAAGCAAAAGAGUCCCACGAGCAAAAUAUGCAGGAGUAUUUAAAAAGGAUAGGCUGCACUGAUAAAAAUAAAAAAGUAUUUUGCAUAAAUUCUUAAGAUUAAUUUGUCUAAGAAGUUCUAAUUGAGCUAGGAUGGAUAGAAAAUAAACUCUUCAAGUCUGACCUUUUUCACUUGAAAUGGAUUUACACUGAUAUUAAUAAGGAUUAUGAAAAUUUGAAAGAAGGUUAAUUUUACAAUCAUUUUCAAAACAACCAAGAAUUGACUAAUAAAGGAAGACUGUUAAGAAACAUCAAAUUAUACUUAGUUUCUUAUCCACACUUACAAAAAUACUUUCCUAUAUAAUUCGAUGUUAUUUAUAAAUAACAAAAAGAAGAAUUUUUAAAUGAAUUCCAAAAAUUUGAAAUUUUUAGAAAGUUUAAGGAUGUAAUAUAAAUAAUUAAAAACGAUUUAACUUAGGAAUUAAUUAAUUAAUUAACACAGAUAUACCAUACAAAAUUUAUAAAAAAAGAAGAAGAAGAAGAAUUACAAUAUGGAUUAAUUACAUAUUUUAGAUAGAAUUAAUAAUUCAAACAAUACAUAGAAUACAUUAAUUAGGUAAAUAAAGAUAUUAUUAAUUUACUUAGCAAAAUACCAAAUCCAAAUAUUAAUGAGAUGCUAAUUAAAUAUUUAAAUGAUUUAAGCAUAUUGCAAGUAGAUAAAUUAGAAUGUGAUUAAGAGCAAGGAGAUAAAAAUAUCUAAGCAUAAAUUAUAAAUUUGAGUAUUUCAAUCGAAUUAGAUAAUAUACUUGAAUAAAUAUACCCUUAUACUAAUUUUUGUAACUUUUGGAUCAUCAAACCGUGUGGAAGCUCAAAGGGACAAGGCUUGCAGAUAAUGAGUGAUGAUAAUUAAAUUGUCAAUUACACAACUCAACUCUAAGCAAGACUAGUAUAGAAAUAUAUUGAACGUAUUUACAUUUGCAAAAGCUAAGAAUAUCCUUAGUUGUAUAAUAAAAAAUUUGAUCUACGAUUAUGGGUAUUAGUGAAAAGCUUUAAUCCCCUUACAGUAUACUAUUAUAAACAUGCUUACCUUAGAGUAUGCAGUAGUGAGUAUGAUUUAUCAGAUACAAGGAACAUAUUUUCUCACUUUACUAAUUAUUCUAUUAAUAGAAAUAAAUUUAUCUAAAAUAAAAAUGUAGAAGACUCAGCAAUCAGUCUAAAGUUAUUAAAACAUAUUAUUAAAAAAGAACAUGGAAUAAGCUACCAAAAAAAAAUUUAACCAUAGAUAAAUGAAAUAAUUAUCCAUUCUCUAAAAUCUGUCUAAAAAAAGAUUAAGCAAAACAACUCUUGCUUUGAAAUAUAUGGAUUUGAUAUUAUAUUUGAUGAAUAAUUCAAUCCCUAUUUACUAGAAGUAAAUUUGAGCCCAGCAUGCUCCAAAAGAAAUGAAUUUAUAUCAAAGCUAUAAAAAGAAAUGUUCAUUUCAACUCUAAAUAUUCUGUUUAAUACUGAAUACUAUUAAAUAUAAAACUGGAAGAAAAUAAAAAUAUAAGAUUAAAUUCAAAAAGUAAUAAAUGAAAGCACCCAUACAUAGUUGUAAGAAGAAGUAAUUCUAAACAGCAAUAACUUUUAAUCUGAAGACUCUGAAGAAAGAUUUAUUUCAGCAGCUAUUACAAUUUAAAAGUGGUACAGAUAAAUAAAGCUAAUGAAAAAUGAAAAUUAAAAAAUAUGA